AUGCGACUUUACGAGAAGGGGAUGUGUGACCGACCGUUCCUCAAAAGUACAAUCUUCACGCUGAUCGCCGCCAUCUUCCAGGCGUUCACCCUCAUAUGGUUCGUCCUCUCGUAUGUUCCGGGUGGCGAGCGCGGGCUGCGUUUUAUUACCUCCCUCUUCACCGGCUUCAUCACGUCCCGUUCGUCGACCGUGUUGCCCAUC